CCCCCCUGUGCUUGCAAUUUUUUUUUUUUUUUUGGCACUGUAAGCUAGUAACCUAUCUUAUAUUUAAUCUGAACCUCAUGGCCAUUUGGAAGGUAGAUCCAGCCAAUCCAAGUGAGAGGAUUCAACCCGCCCCAUCUCCAGAGCAUCCUGGAAAUCCCAAGUGGUUGACGGGCACUGAAUGGCGAAAGCGACGACAACCGAGCUUCAUCGAGAUGGAUAAGAUUAUGCCCCCUUCUAGUCGGAACUUUGGAUUAGAUAAUAGCGGCUGGGGCUCAGUCAACCAAGAUGCCGAUGGUAGUGGCUGGGGUAGUUCAAGUGCUGGCGCAUCGGCCGGUUGGUAGUAAAACAUGAUCAAAAUCGACUGGAUUGCCCUUCAAAUCAACAUUUUCCAAAAACCAGGCUGUACGUGAUAGUAAUCUUCAAAGGGAUGCAGUAGCGUCUCUUGCCAAAUCUCUGUAUAUCGGAUAUUAAACUAUGUAUGCUCAUCAUACAUAUAUAUUCCUUGACAAUUUGAUGUAUUUUACUGCCGUUCAAUUCGGUAUUUUCAUCUUUUCUUCUUUUUUUAAUAAUUGUGCAAAUGGCUAUUUAGAUGAAAUGUGUCGGUGUGGGGUGAUGGGGAAGAGGAAGCCGGGUCUAUCUUUUUUAUCUAUAAUUACAGGUUUAAACUUAUCGCCGUGAUCUUGAGUCCCGGGUAGUAGAAUUUGGCUGGUUGGUGACAGAGAGCAUGAUUGAUUCACGCGUGUUGGGAGGAGCAGCUUCAGAAACAAACCGCCGUUUCGGAUCCAUUUCGUACUUGGUCCGAUAAGGGUUCUUACU